AUGCGAUGGAUAGCAUCUUUAACGAGUGAACUGACACAACUUAUAACAGAAAGUAAACGUAAGCAUCCGGAACUUAAGGCGGCGGCAGAACAAGCAUUAAAUGAGGUGAAAAGUUUUGUGGAGGAGGGGGUGGCUAUUAGUAAAAUACGACAAAGUCCGAUGUUUUUAAUACCCUUUUUACUUGGAUGUAAUAUACAAAGUGCAAAAUGUUGUGCUAUUGCAAUAGGGUCAUUACAAAAAUUGAUUGGAGUGAGUGCAAUACCGAGUUUAUCUAUACCGUCAGUGUUAGAAGCGUUUCGUGAGGCGAUAUUAUUAGGGGUGGAGAUUCAAUUGAAGAUUCUUCAAGUAUUACCAAUGUUUUUGACGAAUUAUACAGUGGAUUUAUCAGGAAAUUUAUUAGCAGAAACAUUUAAUAUAUGUUUUGUACUUCAAAAUAACAAAUCUACGGUAGUUCAAAAUACGGCAUCAGCGACGUUAAGACAGCUUGUAAUCCUUGUUUUUGAUAGAACUAUUAAUGAAGUUGAAGAGAAACAUGAAAAAAAAGAGUUAGAAAAUAGUCAAGCGUUGAUUGAUGCACAUAAUUUAAUGGAGGAUUUAUGUCUUCUUAUCAAUGAUGACAAAUCUAGGAUGCUUCAUAUUCAAAAUUUAUCAAAAACCUUUGGAUUAGAAUUGAUAGAAAGUAUUUUAACAAAUCAUCCAAAAGUAUUUCAAAAACAUGAUAAACAAAUUAAAUUACUUCGUAAUCUGAUGUUUUUAGUCCUUCGACCAUUUUCGAAUAAAGGUGGGUUUCCUGUAACAGUAAGAAGUGCAAGAAUUAUAUAUCUUCUUCUUCGUCAACAUCUUAAAAAUCUUAUUGUAGAAAGCGAAAUUGCAUUUAAUUUAUUUUGCCGUAUUCUUAUAGAUAAAGAUGAUAAUAAUUGGCGCCGUGUUUUAGUUAUGGAAAUAUUUAGAGGUAUAUGUACAGAUAAUGCACUUAUUUGUACGAUCUAUGAAUAUUAUGAUGCAGAUGCUUCUCGCAAAAAUAUUUUAUAUGAAAUUAUUUUUUCAUUUAACAAAUUAGCAGGAGAACAGCCUGGAUUAAUUGGUUUAGGAACAAAUAUUCUCUUUAACAAUCAAUUAUCUAAUGAUGAUUCUUAUGAUAGCAUGUAUGAAAUCUUAGAAAAUGCGAUUGAUAUAUUUGGUACUAUAACAGGUGAAAUUAUAGAACAAUGUCCUCCAGGUCUUGAUUCAAAAACAUCUUCUGUCCGUGUUUCUUGUAUCGAUCAACUUGAUAAAUUAGAAGGACCUAUACUUCCACCUACUUAUAUAUAUUACUUAGUAUUUACAUGCUUAAAUUUAGUGGUAGAUGGUAUUGCAAAAAUAAUUAUACCUUUUUUUAAACGAGGUUUACCACGAAAAUUAGGAAAUCUCAAAGAAAAAUCUGAACCUGUUUCUAAUAAUUUGCCUGAAUCUUUUCUAGGGAACCAAGAAGUAUUUACUUGUUCAAAAAUAAUUGAAAAUAUGUGGCCUGCAUUUUUAGCAGUAAGUAAUUUCCUGAGAAAAAAAAAAGGUUUACAAUUUAAGGCAUUUUCUACAUUUUUAUCUGCAUCUAUGUCAAUUGAUUUAUUUCAUAAUCUUAUUCGAUCUUACAGACAUUUUACCCAAGUUUCUGGAUAUAUGGGUUAUAAUAUUUCUAGAAAUUCAUUUCUAACUACUAUUUCUAAAUUUUCACUUCCACCUGUUUUCAUGAUACCAUUCAAUGCUUUACAUUCAAAUGUAACAAAUGAUGUUCAAAAUACUCAUCAAUUGAAUACAAAUAAUUCUGCAAGUGAUAUAACAAGUGUUACUAAUCUUCCUUUGCAUGAUUCUGAUAAUGUUAUGAUACUUACUCAGAAAAAUUUGAUUUGUCUUCAAGCAAUGCUUUUGUUAUCAAUUCAUUUAGGCAAUAAUCUUGGUAAUUCAUGGGCAAUUAUUCUUGAAACAUUACGAAAAGUGGAGUUAAUUAUAUAUGAGAUGGCAAAAAAAAAUCAUGUAAAAUUUCCUCAUAGUAUUUUAGGCAUUGAUAUUAUUUAUAAUACUAUUCAAAAAGAAGUUCUCACAUUACCGAAGAAGAAUAAUCUUAUUGUUGAUAUUUCUUCAAUAGUUCUUUUUGCAAAUACAGUUUUUGAAAAUACUAAAACAUUUUCAGAUAGUAGUUUAUUGGAAAUAUUAAAAACUAUUUGCGAACUUAAUAGGUUUUCAGAAAUUUUUGAAAAUAAAGUAUCAUCUGAAAUGAAAGGCAUUGAUAUCAAAAAGAACGUAUCUACGACUGCUUUUUAUAAUUACCAAGGUGCUGCCAUUUUUCACAAGUCUAAUGAUCUAGCAUUUACUUUUCAUAAAAUUAAUUUAAUAUGUAAAAUUAAUAUAGAACGAUUAUUUUUUGGAGCAUCAGAAGAAAAUGGUUGGGAUAUAGUUAUGUCAUACUUAUAUUCUUUUAUUCAUUCACGAAAAGUGGAUAGUUUGAUUAGAAAACAGGCUACUAAAGUAUUUCUCAAUAUUACUGAAGCAGUAAUUAUAUCUCAAUCUUGGAAAAAUCUUGAGAAUAGUGAUAAAGCUUUAAGAAAAAUAUUGUCUAUCAUAAAUUUUCUUUCUAUGAAAAAUAUCAUGGGAGAUAUCAAUGUUCAAUUAUAUCCUAAUGAUCGUGCUGUUGAAUUGGAAAUAAUAAGUAUGGCUCUUAAUGUUUUAAAUUUACUUUUAAAUUCAUUGGGUCAUUUAAUUUCUGAAAGUUGGGACAUUGUUUUUGAAAUAAUUAAUUCAAUAUUUGAAAAUGAAUUAUCAUCUUUUGCUUCUUUUAAACAAGAUCAUUCAGAUAUCUUACAUUACAGAAAAAAGGAGCUUAGAAGUUCACUGAAAAUACCGAAAAUUGUUAAAGAUGCAUUUUUUUCUUUACAAUUAAUAUGUACAGAUUUCUUAUUAGAACUUUCUUCAAAACAUUUUCUAACUUUAAUAAAUAUUCUUACGAAAUUUUGUCUUCAAAAAGACGAUUUAAAUAUUUCUUUAACAGCUAUUGGAUUAUUUUGGAAUAUAUCUGAUAAUCUUAGAUUAAAAAAAUCGUUUCAAGAAUCAAUUAAAACAUUCGAUAGUGAUAAUGAACUAAAUCUUUUAUGUUCACUAGAAGACGAUAUUUCUGUUCAAGAUUUAUUAUGGAUAAUUUUAUUAUUUCGUUUAAUAGAAGUAAUAUUGGAUGACAGAUCCGAAGUGCGAAAUGGCGCAAUACAAACAAUAUUUAGGAACUUUGAAAUUCAUGGGGAAAAUAUAAAAAGUAAUCUAUGGAAAUGUUGUUUUCGGAUAAUUAUAUAUCGUAUUUUUUUCCUGUUCAACAAAGACAUUUUAAAGAAUAUUAACGAUAAUAAAUGUCAUGAAUUUUUAAAUAAUACAGACAAUUCGUCUUUUGAAGAUUCAUUAGUUUUGAUAAUAUCGGGUUUAGUGGCACUUUUUUCUCGUAAUUUGGAUUCUUUAUUUUCUCUUGAAAUAUUUCAUGAGAUUUGGGAUAAAUUAUUGGAUUUCUUUACACAUUCUAUUGAACUGAAUUCUAACGAUGUUUUUAUGAACUGUUGUAAAGCAAUUGAUAAUAUUUUGUAUAAAAUGGAAUACGAUAAAUUAGGUUCAAAUUAUGAUGAUCUAUAUAAAAAAAUAUGGUCUGUUUGGGAAAUAUUUUCUAAUACAGUUUCGACAACGUCUGAUAACUUAUUUAAAAAUCAAGAAUUAUCUCAAGAAGCACUUGAUACAUUCGUCAAAUUUUCACGUUCUUUAUAUAAAUUUAUAGUUUCUAAAGGCGACAUAUCUUUAAUCAAUAAAUUAAUCACAUCUAUAUUUGAUGCUUUGAUAUAUACACGGAGUCCAGUUUAUUAUCUUGAUGUUGACUAUAUGACUCCUCUUCAAUCUAGUAUAUUGGAAGUAAUUGAUCUUUUGAAAGAUCAUAAUGAACAAACAUGUGUUUUAUCCUUAAAAUUUCUUGCAAAAAUUAGUACUCUUGCAUUUAAGGAUUUACCUGAAAGUAUAACGACUAAUCAGAAUUCAUCAAAAACAAAUAAAAUAUUUUCUACAUAUAUUGCUAUUUCUAAAAUAUCUUUUGAAAGAAUGGAGCAAUAUUUUUCUAAAUAUUCUGAAAAUACACUAAUAUAUGAAGAAAAUGCAUUCUUUGAGAUGAUUAAGGCAUUAUCUAUCCCUAUAAAACUUAAACAUAAAUGCCCUUUAACAUCUCGUAUUGGUAAUGGAGAACUUUUUUGGAAAUUUGCUACGUCAAAAAUGCUUUCUAUUUUGGAAAAAUGUGAUUCACAAAAGAUUAUUCCAGAUUCUAAUAUGGAGUUAUGGGAAGCAAUUACCGAUUGCUUACAUGGAACACUUUUGUUUGAUUAUAGCAGCAAUAAUUCAAUAUUUUUCAAAGAAUCAGAUGAAGAUUUUGACAUUUCAACAUAUACAAAAUUAAAGAGUAUAAUAUUUCCUUUAAUAACAGACAGCAUAGAAAUAUCACAAAAUAUAGCAGAAAUUAUUGUCAAGUCAUCCUUUGUCUAUAAUUGUCCUGAGCAGAGUUUAAUAUUUGAUCGUUUAUCAUCUAUUACAAAAAUUCCAAACCUAGAAAUAAAAAACUAUAAAUUUCAAAAAAUUGUGCCUUAUAGAGAAAGAUUGGGUUUUAUAUGUUUAAAUGAUUUAUUUGAACUAUGCUCUUUAAAAUCAAAAAAUGAAUUUUCAAAUAAAAAAAGUUUAGCAAUGAUAAUAGGGACAUAUCUUUUAAAACGUUGUGCAAUGGUUCUUCAGCAAUUUAUAUUAAACCAGUCAAUGAGAGGAUGUAUGCCAAUAUCUAGGAUUGAGCAUACUGAAAUUAUUUUUAUACUCGAUAAUCUCAUAAAUAGAGAAUUUUAUUCAGAUAUGUUUGAUUUUCCAGAUAUUUCGUAUGAUAAUAUAGACAAAUUUUAUUGUUCAGAUAGUUUAGUAGUGCAGCUAUUCCCUCUUUUCUGUGCAGUAUUACCUCAUUGUCAUCAGGAUGUAGAAUUAUUGAAAUUAAUUUCUCUUUAUUUUCAAAAAGUAGGAAAUUUUAUUCAUAUCUAUGAAGCAUCUGUAAAAUACUAA